AUGUAUAGUGAAGAACCUUGUAGUUCUGUUUGUGAAAUGCCGGGGUGUACUUGUACUGAUAAUUUUGUUCGGUUAUCGGUUGGAGGUCCUUGUAUUGAAUGGACAGAAUGCCCAAAUUUAAAAGAACGAAAUGAACCAAAAAAUGCCUCGGUUUCAGCAACUGUUAAAACCCCUCAAAUUGGAAGACUUCAAUGCGGGGCUAAUGAAACUAUAAACGAAUGUGGAGCUGUAUGUGAAGCAGAUUGUUUAUCAAUUUUUGAACGUGAAGAGUGCCAUAAUUGUGGAAAGCCAUCCUGUGCCUGUAGACAAGGAUAUGCUCGAUCUGGAGGAAAGUGUAUUUAUUGGGGCGACUGUCCUGCUGGUAAAUUGACAGAAAAAAAUUUUUUAAUAAGGAAAUUUGGGUGA